UCAAAUAAAGGUGUAGUUACAAUCCACUGCCAGACCUAAUCAGGGAAAAGAAGCACUGUUCAUAUUUACCGGAGCGUGUAAUAACGCCACUUUCAUGUACCUACAUAUUCACGUACUCUCUCUUUCUGUCUCACACACACACACACGCACACAUGUCCUAAAAGCGCAAAACAGGCUGCGUGUGUAGAACAAACACUCUGUUGUACUUUGGAGUCCUGGCUGAGGUGGUCUGGCCCUCACUGAAGUGUGCUGAAGGAAUAGGUCCGCUCUGAGCAGCAUGGCGCCACUGUCUCUGCUUCUGCUCUCAUGGGCGCUGCUACAGGAGGGCUUCCGCACCUCAGCAGCUCCGGGGCUGGUGUUUCUGGGCGGGGAGGAGGCGGACGAUGUCCUAGGCCGGUACAAGCGUGCCAACACGGGCGCCUUCGAGGAGUUUCUUCAGGGCAAUGUGGAGAGGGAGUGCAUGGAAGAGAGCUGCUCCCUGGAGGAGGCCAGGGAGGCCUUCGAAAACAACGAGAAAACCAUGGAGUUUUGGGCAGGUUAUGCUGAGGGGAACCAGUGCAGAUCGUUACCGUGUAAGAACCAGGGUGCCUGUGAGCACCAGGGGGGGACAUACGCGUGUAACUGCCAGCCAGGCUUCACUGGAAGGAACUGUGAAAUAGUGACCCUGAGGCAGUGCGAUCACAACAACGGCGGCUGCGCGCACUUCUGCUCGCCCGGGGGGCCCCGCGGAGCCGAGUGCUCCUGCGCUCCUGGCUACAAGCUGGUGGGGGAGGUCAAAUGUCAACCUGAUGUGAAAUUUCCAUGUGGAAUAAGAAAAUUGAGCAUGGGCAGCUUCGCAAGAUCUUUAGGUUCCCUCUCAGGCAACAGUACAGAGACCCGUCACACCAGAGCUGUGAGUCCCGGAGGCAACGCUACCAACGUGACUGCCAGCCCAGGAGAUCAGGCCAGGAGCAAGGGGCUCCGGCUCUCUCGCCUUAGACAACACACAUGGGCGUAUAACACCACGGAGGAGCCCAACACAAGGAUCCGGAUUAUUGGCGGAAGCCAGGCAUCUCCUGGAGAAAUUCCCUGGCAGGUGGCGCUGGUCGUGCGCUCCACGCAGCAGGUGUUCUGUGGAGGGUCUAUUCUGAGUGAGCUGUGGGUCGUUACAGCAGCGCACUGUCUGAAAGAGAGGAAGGAUGCUUUCUUCGUCAGAGUGGGCGAGCUCGACGUUUCCAGAAGCGAGGGCACGGAGCAGGACCUGGAGGUGGAGAAGGCCGUGCUGCACCCGCGCUAUGACCCUGCUGUCAGCGCGUACAACCACGAUGUCGCCCUGCUGCGCCUGCGCGCCGCCGUCCUGUUCUCGGACCAGGUGCGGCCCGUGUGCCUGGGGCCCAAGGCUUUCACCGACGCCCUGCUCCACUCGGACACGCUGGCCAUGGUCAGCGGCUGGGGGCGGCUGCGCUUCCACGGACGGCCUGCUGGGGCGCUGCAGAAGAUCGAGGUGCCCUACGUAGAGCGCUCCGAGUGCAAGGACAGUAGCAGCGACCGCAUCACGCAGUACAUGUUCUGCGCCGGCUACGCGGACGGCGCCAAGGACGCGUGCCAAGGAGACAGCGGCGGGCCGCACGCCAGCCGCUUCCGUGACACCUGGUUCCUCACGGGCAUCGUCAGCUGGGGCGAGGAGUGCGCCAAGAAGGGCAAGUUCGGCGUGUAUACGCGCGUGGCCAACUACUACAAAUGGAUACAGUACGUGAUGGGGAUCACCAAAAAAAUGCCGUAUAACGACGUCGAGCCGUAAUUACAAGGACUGCAGUU